GGGGAAAAAAAACUAAAGGAAGAGGUGAAGACCAAAGAAGGGUGAGAGCGACAGCUUCCCUUUCCUCUCUCUUCUUCACUCUCUCGUUCUUUCUUUCUCUCUCUCUCUCUCUGUUUAUCUGAGACAAGUAUGAUAUCAGUCCCCCAAACCCUCCAUCUUUAAUUUUAUAUCGUUGUGAAGCCCGCACUUUCUUUUUAGAGAAGUGAUUGCAGAGACCUCUUAUUUCCCAGAGAAACAAAAGAGAGACCACAACAUACAGAGAGAGAAAUUGAGUGACUGUGUUUAUAUGUGAGAGAGAAAGAAGGAACUGUGGAAGCUAUCAAAACCACCGAGGAUGUCUGAGUGCUUUACAUCUUUUCAUAUCCUGCAACUCUAAGAGAAGUAACCAGGAUAAAGCUACUGAGGAGGGUUUAGUUAUUUUUGUUGGUACUUGCUUGCCAGAGAAAAGAGAUAAAGAUGAUGGUUUUAGCAUGGGAAUAAGAACGCCGUUACAUUCAUCGAGGAGACUAGUACUGCACACCAUUGGUUUUCUUUUCGAUCUUGGAUUAUUUUUUGCAAUUCUAUGUCCCAAGAUUUUCAACCAGGAAUCUUCAGCUUCCCGAAUGGGUUGGAGAGAGGAAGGGUGAGUCCACAGCAGCAGAUCCGGAGGGACAAAGUAAGGUUGCAAGGAGGGUUCGAGGCAGCGCCAUUGGUAGGGAUAGAAGAAGAGGAACCGGUGUACGAGACUGCCGGGAUGUUGUCGGAGAUGUUCAAUUUUCCGCAUGCGGCUUCGGCUGAAUUGAUGGAGCAGCAGCCUGUUACGGCCACGUUUAGGGCGGCGAGGCAAGCCGGAGAGUGGUACGGAAACAGACAGCAACAAGGGGUGAAUAUGAUGAUGGGUGGAUUGGGGGAUUCGAAGAACCAAAACGGUGUGAAUAACAACCAGCAUCAACCACAGCACCAGAUUUCAAGCAUUAAUGCUGACUCAGCAGCUGCCAUGCAGCUUUUUCUGAUGAACCCUCAAACGAGGUCGCCUUCCCCUCCUCAAAGCCACGCCACUCCUUCUUCAACACUCCACAUGUUGCUUCCCAAUCCUUCUUCCAAUUCCCUCCAAGGUUUCACCGGUUCGGCCGUGGGAGGGUCUUUUGGGCAAUUUACAUGGGUUCCUGAGAGUGCUCAUCAGCAAGGAGGCGUGAUGGAAGGGCAAGGUCUUUCGCUAUCGUUGUCUUCUUCGCUGGAAGCAGCGAAAGCCGAGGAAUUGAGGAUGGGGGACAGUGGUUUUCUAUAUUACAAUCAUCAACAAGGGGGUGGUGUGGGAGCUGGCGCUUCUUCUUCUUCUUCAACAGUUCAAUUUCCGUACAAGAACAACAGUCAUCACCAAGCAUUGCAUUUGCAAGGGGUGAUAGGACACGACAACAACCAGCAGGGACAUGUUGGGUUCGGGUCAUCCUCGUUAGGUGUAGUUAAUGUUCUGAGAAACACAAAGUAUGUGAAGGCUGCACAAGAGUUGCUCGAAGAGUUUUGCAGUGUUGGGAGGGGUCAGUUUAAGAAGAACAAGUCGAAUAGGCAGAAUUCAAACCCUAAUUCAAAUCCCGAUGGUGGUGGCGGUGGUUCUUCGCCUUCGUCAAAAGAUGCUGGUAUUCCUCCUCCUCCUUUGUCAGCCGGUGAUAGGAUUGAGCAUCAGAGAAGGAAGGUCAAACUUCUAUCAAUGCUGGACGAGGUGGACAGGAGAUACAACCAUUACUGCGAGCAGAUGCAAAUGGUGGUGAACUCGUUUGACCUGAUGAUGGGUUUCGGUGCGGCGGUUCCAUACACAGCACUGGCGCAGAAAGCAAUGUCUCGGCAUUUCCGGUGUCUGAAGGACGCAAUAACAGCACAGCUGAAGCAAAGUUGCGAGCUACUAGGAGAGAAAGAAGGGGCGGGGACCUCAGGUUUGACCAAGGGUGAGACCCCAAGGCUUAAGGUUCUUGAGCAAAGCCUAAGACAGCAGAGAGCCUUCCACCAGAUGGGGAUGAUGGAACAAGAAGCUUGGAGACCCCAGAGAGGCUUGCCUGAACGAUCUGUCAACAUUUUGAGAGCUUGGCUUUUCGAACAUUUUCUCCAUCCGUAUCCAAGCGAUGCAGAUAAGCAUCUGUUGGCACGACAGACUGGACUAUCGCGAAAUCAGGUAUCAAACUGGUUCAUUAAUGCCAGGGUUCGGUUGUGGAAACCCAUGGUGGAAGAGAUGUACCAACAAGAACUUAAAGAAACAGAGAGUACAGAAGAGAGAGAAAAUAACCAAAGCAACAACAGCAAUAUCAGUGGGAACCAAGCACAAACUCCAAGCACACCAGGAGCAGCUACGACGUCAACAGCAACAACAGCUGCACCACCAACAAUCACAACAACAAAACCAACAGGGAAAAAAUCCGAUAUCAAUGCCACCGAAAGCGACUCAUCACUUGUUGCAAUGAAUAGACAGGGCUUCUCGGAAAACCAAGGAAAGCAGUCCACCACCACCUCCACCACUGUCAUGGCCUCCGUCAGCGCCACCACCUCUGAGAUUGCACCACCCGGGUCACAGUGCUUCGACUCAGAUCUGCCCCCACAGAGAUUAAUGGCCACUGAUGACACGUGUCGCUUGGUCACAGCAGAUUUUGGGACCGCGUCUGCAAGUGCUGACAUUGGAUCCACACUCAUUAGAUUUGGGACCACAGUUGGUGACGUGUCACUCACCCUAGGGCUUCGCCAUGCCGGGAACAUGCCGGAGAAAGCUCCUUUCUCUGUUAGAGACUUUGGAGCCAUUUAAACUUCGAUAUAUAGUACUACUUCACAUAAUAAUAAUAUUAUAAUAAAAAAAAUAAUAUAUAGGGAGAUGCUUUUAUCACAUUAUAUUAUAUAUAUCAUCAAAAGAAAACAUUUUUCCACUUUUAUAUUUUCUCAGUUAUUCCUCCAUCGGUCUUAUUUGCAUUGUGGGAGAAGGACAGAAAAGAAAAAGAUAAUACUAUAUGAGAAAGGUAGUCUCAACUCAAGUUAGCUAUUAAUUAGGUGUAAUCUUAAUAUAUGGUAUCUAUUGUAUAACUGUACAGCAUAUUGUUUUGCAUGAUUUUUUCCCGUAUAUGGACAACAUUAAUUAUUUAAGGUUUGUAGCUUAGUUUGACUGCACUUGAUCUAGUUAAUCAUGGGAAUAAUAACUGUUCCUUUUUGUUUUUCA